AUCCAGAACAUUGGAGCUUCGGAGAGGAACCAUGCAGCUGACUCCCCUCACACUCUUCCUGAUUGUGUUGCAUGUUUGUGGCAGAGCGGAGAGCAGAGCGAGGCUGCGGCGGCCGCAGGCGGGCGGCGCGGAGGCCGCGGCCCCCGCCGGUCCGGGACUCCUCCGCCUGGAUCUGAGACCGAACGCUCCUCACCUGGGUGAGUCUGCUCCUGACUCCACCAUCGUCUUCAUCGCUGCCAGGAUCCCAAACGGCUCCCAGCGGAUCCAAACUGAAGCGUCUUCAGGAUUCACAACAUUUUACUCCCCAAAAUGUUCAGUUUUCCUGCAAUAUGUUUGGAAAGACAAACAGAUUUUUCACAAUUUCAGACAAACUCAUUCUGCCGGUAGCUGCAGCACCCGACAGCUGGGUGCUGAUCUUUGACUUGAGACGGAGACGCUUCCUGUGUGUGGACAUAAAGGGACAACUCUACAAGUCUAGACAGAAGGACAGAGGACACUCUCUCUUCCGACAUAUUUGGUUCAGGCGGGCUGAGCGCCAUGACCCGUUUUCCUCUGUGAGCAGGAACUGGUUGGUCAAACCGGGGGUUGGUGGGCCAGGAGCGGUCCGGGGGGCGCCACCAGACGGUCGGUCAGUGAAGAGGCAGAGGAGGAGCGAGGAGGUGAACCCGUCCGAUCCUCUGAGGACAGAAUCCCAUCCGUCUCCUCCUGUGAAGGAUGUGGAGCCGAACCAGGCGGGCGCCGUUUCCAAGGAAACCAUCACUUCCUGUGACGACCCGCUGCGGGUGCUGAGGCCCAACGGACACGGCAGUCCCGUCAAAACGAACAUCGCAGAGCGAGCAGAGCAGGAGUGACGUCUUGCAGCUGCUGGUUCUCAGGAAGCAACAGGGAGAAAGUCUGACGCUGCAGAGCAACGGGCAACACGCAGAGACCAAGUGGGACCAGCUUCCUGUCUGCGGCGCCGGCCUGCUGCGCUCCAAUCAGACGCUCUCUGAGGUCUCAUCUGAUCACUGAGGCUCCAGCGCCUCUGUUUGAACAGCAGAUGAGGGAUAAGCUGCUCCUGCUGACCUUUAACCUCUUUUGUCUGUUAAAUUUUAAACCUUGAGCCAGAUGAGGCAACACUUUCUUCACAUAUGUUCAAAAACUCUAAAUAUU